AUGUUUCAACAAGCACCCAUCCCUGAUCUUUCAAGAUUCCGGAACAGGGUAGGAAAUAGCCCAAGAUCCAUGAACUCUGCUAUCGCCGUUGGCGAUCUCACGGCAUUACGGCGCUUCCUCUCAGAUGAGCUAGACGAACCUGCCAGGCCAUACGGCGCGCCGCUGCACCUAGCAAUAUAUCUUGAGAAUGAAGAACCUGUCGAUGUUUUACUGCAAGCUGGGGCGGACACGCUUAAAGAGCCGGAGAUUUUCGACCUGUACUGUUUGGUAGACGCAGCACAAUAUGGCGAAAUCACUACAUUAGGUGAUGUAUUGCGCUGGGGUCAGAAUAAUUGGUCGUCUGAGUCCAGAAGUAGGGCCUUAAGUGCGGCAGCGGAUAAUUGGCAUGUUGAAAAUCUCGAGUUUCUUCUCUCCGAAAAGAUUCCCUUUGAGACAGAGGCACUGAACGUUGCAUUGGCUCAGAUAACCUUUAUUAAGCCAUGCUUUGAACGUCGAGAUCAGACCCAGGCCGAAAUCGCUGCACAGUCACAGUCAAUUAAGGUUCUUAUGGCUGCUGGGGCCGAUCCCAGUAAGCCUGGGCCCAGUGGGAUAUGUAUGGGUGAGCCUCUGCUUAUAUGGACCGCUGUGUGCAGACAAUCGCAUAAUUGUCUGAAAGCGUUGCUUGACAAUGGUGCGGACCCUAAUAUCACCAAUAGUCAAGGACAGACUGCAUUGUAUUACUUAGGGGCCCUUGUCAAGAGGGAUCCCACAUUCCGGCGAAGGAUGGAGGUCAAUGAGCCGACCGAGGAUGUAUUUCACACUCUUCUUGCAUUCAAUGCCUCUCCGUCAGCAAGACCUACUUGGAAACAAUCCUAUGCACUUUGCCGCAUAAGGAUCACCAAUUGA